AUGGUGCUCGCGGCCCCGCUGCUGCUGGGCUUCCUGCUCCUCGCCCUGGAGCUGCGGCCCCGGGGGGAGGCGGCCGAGGGCCCCGCGGCGGCGGCGGCGGCGGCGGCGGCGGCGUUGGGGGCCGGGGGGGAGCGUUCCAGCCGGCCGGCCCCGUCCGUGGCGCCCGAGCCCGACGGCUGCCCCGUGUGCGUGUGGCGGCAGCACAGCCGCGAGCUGCGCCUGGAGAGCAUCAAGUCGCAGAUCUUGAGCAAACUGCGGCUCAAGGAGGCGCCCAACAUCAGCCGCGAGGUGGUGAAGCAGCUGCUGCCCAAGGCGCCGCCGCUGCAACAGAUCCUGGACCUGCACGACUUCCAGGGCGACGCUCUGCAGCCCGAGGACUUCCUGGAGGAGGACGAGUACCACGCCACCACCGAGACUGUCAUUAGCAUGGCCCAGGAGACCGACCCUGCGGUGCAGACAGAUGGCAGCCCUCUCUGCUGCCAUUUCCACUUCAGCCCCAAGGUGAUGUUCACAAAGGUACUGAAGGCCCAGCUGUGGGUUUAUCUCCGGCCUGUGCCCCGUCCAGCCACAGUCUACCUGCAGAUCUUGCGACUGAAACCCCUAACUGGGGAAGGGACCGCAGGGGGAGGGGGCGGAGGCCGGCGUCACAUCCGUAUCCGCUCGCUCAAAAUUGACCUGCACUCACGCUCCGGCCACUGGCAAAGCAUCGACUUCAAGCAAGUACUACAUAGCUGGUUCCGCCAGCCACAGAGCAACUGGGGCAUCGAGAUCAACGCCUUUGAUCCCAGUGGCACAGACCUGGCUGUCACCUCCCUGGGGCCGGGAGCCGAGGGGCUGCAUCCUUUCAUGGAGCUUCGAGUCCUAGAGAACACAAAACGGUCCCGGCGGAACCUGGGCCUGGACUGCGAUGAGCACUCAAGUGAGUCCCGCUGCUGCCGAUACCCCCUCACUGUGGACUUUGAGGCUUUUGGCUGGGACUGGAUCAUCGCACCUAAACGCUACAAGGCCAACUACUGCUCCGGCCAGUGCGAGUACAUGUUCAUGCAAAAGUAUCCGCACACCCACUUGGUGCAACAGGCUAACCCCAGAGGCUCUGCUGGGCCCUGCUGUACCCCCACCAAGAUGUCCCCAAUCAACAUGCUCUACUUCAAUGACAAGCAGCAGAUUAUCUACGGCAAGAUCCCUGGCAUGGUGGUGGAUCGCUGUGGCUGCUCCUAAGUUUCUUCCCCUCGAUGGAAUGAGAAAUAGCAGCACCCGCCACAGCCAAGAGAUGAAUUCUGAGCACUUACCACGGGCACUUUAUGGACAUAAAAUACCUCUCGCUGUGGGACAGAUAACCAGGGCACCAGAGUAGUGGUGAAGAGAUGUGAGGCUUAGAGGAGUCACAGGCUUCAGAGUACAAGUUCCCCUCUGCCUCCCAGCUGGACAGUGCCUGAAGACAAGGAGCUGAGAACCUCCUGAUCCAUACCCUAUCCAUACCUCAUGGCUCCAGGCAAGAGCCUAGAGGAUGUCAGGAGAGGAGGGGGAAAGAACCUUCAGCAAAAUAGUCACUCUAAGUAGAGCCAGCAGUCGUGGGUCUGAUGCAAACAGUACUGAACUAAAGUAAGCCCAAGCUGGAGAGCUGACCUGGAAGGCUUGUUCUUCCCAACAGCAUGACUUUCCUGCCUGGCCCAGCUGGUGGAAGGGGCAAAGGUAUGUGGCCACCCUUGGAAAGGUGAUGUUGGUGAGUUUUGACAUCUUAUUCCCAUUCCCACAGUGAAAAAGUGAGAUAUUUCGGUACCGGAAUGGGCAAGGGCUGUUAAGUGUUUCAACUUGCCUCCUCCCAGAUAGCAGCUAUACUAACCCCCAGCCUCUCCUCUCUGGCCCCGUUCUUCAUCAUUCCUUAUGCCCCAAUCUUAGAGAACAAGAUACACCUGACCAUCAACACCAUUCACAUUUCCUUGGUGGAAAGAAAGGAACAGAGAAGUGAAGAACAGAAGACGCCUCCUCCAAGGGCAAAUGCCCGUGUCUCUUGAUCUUGGCACAGGGUGGGGGCUGGGCAAUAGGCAUCAGGUGACUUCCCUCUACAAAUUCUAGAGAGCUGGGGCAUUAGACUUGGGGGACACUUAGAAUAUGCCCCUUUAAUGCCACCAAAUAAAGACCUUUGGGGGAGGGUCUUUCUCUUAUGAACAUAAAUCUAUGAGUUGAAGUCUCAUUCCCCUGGUCCUCCUCACCCCCAAAGAGGCAUUGGGUAAAGAGGCUUGGGGGUACAGCCCAGCAACCUAGUGGGAACUAGUACUCCCCUCUCCCACCUUAUGAUGUGUGUGGACCUGGCCAGUGCCCCUCUGAUCAUAAUUAGUGUAAUUAUUAUUUGUGUAUUUGUUACACCGUGUGCGUGAUUGCCUUUGUUUGUUAAGGGUGUCUGAGGAGUAUGGGGCUGACAGGGGCACUGGAAUGCCGGGAAAGGACUUCUUCACUGAGAUCAAGGCUUCCUGGAGGGAACCAUUGCAAAAAGGCCAUCAGGCAGUUUUCAAGUUAUGUGACAGAGGGCAAAGAUGGCCAUAGGGUGCUCUGAGUUUUGGGAUGGUCACAUGACACAAUCCAGCACUUGAACCUGAAAAAAGAAAAAUAAAAGCAGUC